UCAGCCAGAGAGGAGGGACUGUGAAAAUGACCAAUUGAGCACUGGUAAAACAAGGCUCUCUAAAAGUUGAACAUUUGAAUGCUGAUUCUGUAUCUGAAAAGAUAAUUAAUCUCCAUUGCAAGUUGAAAUUGGACCAAUAUAUGUUGACAUCAUGGCAAGACACAAGAUCCUCACCUUUACUGUGAUGUAUUUAUUCCAGGCUUGGACUUUGGGUGUGGACUCCAAGAUGGUUCAUCUCCGUCAGCCUGGUCUCAAUUCCAGCAUACCCUUAGACAUGGUCCCUGACUCCGUUGAUGACAUGUAUAAUGGAUGCACUGAACAAAUGUACAACAAGGUGCAGAAGGAAUAUCUUCCAAAUGAAAUUAACAAAGUAGGGAUCUUCAAACAAGCCUGGAUGAAGGCAGAAGGAUGUGCAACUAUUGAGAAAGUGAAGAAACGAUUCCAAAAGGACAAGUCCAAGUACAAUCCUAAAGACAAACUUCCACAUGAUCAUAUCAAGGCUAUCUGUGCUUACUCAGGGGGUCAAAGUAAGAUGUACCCAGUGUUCAACCAAGCAGUCCGGACCAGUAGAACAGAGUACACCACCUCCUUCCAGUUCCACUCCCUUCAUUUCCUCCUGACUGACGCCAUUCGCCUCCUGAAACUAAAACAAAAUACCUGCCACACCACAUACCGGAGAACCAACAUGGAGUUUUCAGGUGAAGUGAACAAGGAAAUCAGAUUCGGCCUCUUUGCCUCCAGUUCUUUCCUAAAGAACUUGACACAUUUUGGAGAGAAGUCCUGCUUUGAGAUAAAGACAUGUUUUGGCGCUGACCUGAAGUCCUACCCAGAGAUGGGGAAUUAUGAAAAGGAGGUGUUGAUUCCACCGUAUGAAGUGUUCAAAGUUACUGCUGUGCUGAAGAAAGAAAAUGAUGAAAACCUUUGGUGCAAUGUUGUGUACAAACUAAAGAGUAUCAAAACACUGAGUAACCUGAAUUGCAACAUUUUUAACAAGACAACAAUUAAUUAAGAAAAUCUGUGUUGAUCUUGAGUCAUUGUCCCUAAAGACGAUUUAAAACUAACAGCUAUGCUGCUUAUCUUUCUAAAAGUAAAUGAAGCCAAACAACGUGUCUUCAGUGUCUAAAGCUUUCAUUGUAAUAAGUUAGUUGGUUUAUUGGUGGAUGUUACAUAAAGACCUCAUCCUGACUUCCAGAAACAGUGAUUAUUAAGAUGUUUGUAUUAUAGUGUAUCAGACUCCAUAGGAGACUUUAAUGCACUUAUAUACCUUCUGCAGCUUGUGGCAAAAUGAAUAAAGAAAAUCAUUGAGCUUGA